CGUAAAACUACUAUAUCACUGCUUUCAGAAUUAAUGAAAUAAAUAAACUUGAGUUUCUUGUUUCUUGAUAUUUUUAUUUGUAUUUCAGGAAAUAUUGGUGAUCAGAUACCCCUAUAGGGUUUAAUGAAAUUUUCGUGACUAUAUAAAUGUCCCUAGUGAAAGCUAACUUUGGAGACUAUAAUAUGUAUCAUGUAUGGAUAUUAGAGAAAUAUAUGCAAAUUUCGUGAAAAUGACAGUGGAUGGUUAAUAUUGAUGAAAUUCAGUGAUAAUCAGAAUUGAACGGCUACUGUAAUGUGCAUUGUUUAUACGCGGGGUCAUUGUUGUGGUAUGGACAUCGCCUAAGGGCGGAGAAAGCUGGUAGCACUGACGGGAGAUUGGUAUCUUCGUGAUAACAGUGAUUUUGUCACCUGGGGAAUAAACACACAGUAUUGUUCAGGAUAUAGAAGUUCAAUCUAGCCACUAGAAGGGAGAUUAUCAUCCUAGAGAAGGGAGGCAACUGGAGGUGUUGUUGAGUUACUUCCCCUGAAAAUGCCUCCACAUAAUUUCAUCCCCAUUCUUGUCACUCUGCUGGCAGUGUGGCAAAGAGCAUUUGGCAAUGACAGUCCUCAGUUUCUGUCUUCAAAUCAAAUUUAUCAGAUCAAAGAAGAUAAAGCAAUUGGUUCAAUCUUAUUUUCCCUUACGGCAACGGACAGUGACGGCCCGCAGAACUUGCAUUUCUCCAUUCCCACAAAUCAUGAGACCAAUCAGAUUGUGGGAUUGAGGAAUGAGAGGGGAAAUAACACCAACGGAAGAAUAGUGGAUGUUGUCCUUAAACAAAAGCUCGACAGGGAUUAUACUGCAAGUCCGUUCAAGAAACUGUUGUUUGCUGUUGAAGACAACCCAUCAGGUGAUGGCAAUUAUAUUCAACAAGGAAUUGAUGUAUUUGUCGUUGAUGUGAAUGAUGAAGACCCAAAGUUUGAGCAGAAUCGAUAUGAAUUCAACAUUAAUGAGAAUUCCGGUGAUGGAUUUCUGGUGACCACGGUCAAAGCUACUGAUCCGGACACUGGUACUAUUCUACGAUACUCAAUGAAGCCGGUGGGUCAGGCGGUGUCUGACGACUACAGGUACAGUUUCAAGGUUGAUGCUGUGUCCGGUGAGGUGAAGGUGAACACGACCCUGGACGCCAACAAAUACAACUACUACGAGUACAAACUCUACGUCAAUGAUAGCGGAGAAGAAGGAGGUCGUACUGGAGAGGCCAGCUUGCUGGUCAGAAUAAACGACAUUCAAGACAAGCCUCCAUAUUUCACCAACCUCCCAUACAGUGCUAAUGUACCGGAGAAUGCCACUGUGGGUGCCUUGGUCAUUCAAGUAUCAGCACUUGAUGGUGACAAAGAUGUUCCUAAUUCUGUGUCAUACAGUUUUGCAGGGGGAUAUUUUGCCAACUUCAAUAUAAACAGUGGAACUGGUGAAAUAACCGUGAAGAAUCAACUGGACCGUGACAGUCCUGCAGUAAAGGAGAAAGGCGGCGUGUACGCCAUCAAUGUCAAGGCUGUGGAGGACGAUGAGAGUCAACCCAUGGCAAUGAGAACAGCGACCACACUUGUAACAAUCAAGGUAGAUGACGUGAACGACAACACCCCAACAUUCUACAAGAGCCGAUACGAGGCUGAGAUUCUGGAGAAUAUGCAGGAGGGCGUGCCGGUCACAUUCACGAGCCCCGCUGUUAUGAAUGUGUCCGAUAUUGAUCAGACUGCAAACAGCCAUUUUGCCCUAACCCUGGAGAAGGAUGGAAAACCCUAUACAGAUUUCUCUCCCCUGCCCUUGGAAGUUUAUGCAGAGUCAUCUGUCCUGAUCCGGGUACAAAACAUGUCGGCCCUUGACUAUGAGAAAGUUCAAGAGAUUACAUUCCAGAUUGUUGCAAGAGAAAUUGGUACUACGGAGAGGCUAUCAAGUUCAGCUACAGUUGUUGUAAAAAUUAAGGACAUGAAUGACAACACUCCGCAGUUUGUACCAGAAACUCCCACAAGAAAAUCUGUUCCAGAAGAUUUUGUUCAAGGAAACCCUAUUUUAACAUUGACGGCUACAGAUUUGGAUACAGGAGAGAAUGGAAAGAUUACCUACAACAUAAGAGGCUCUAACGUAUUUACGAUUAACCCGACAAGUGGUGAGAUUACACUGAAUGGUCCCCUAGAUCGGGAGACAGUGUCACACUAUAUUCUCACAGCUGAGGCAACUGAUGGUGGUGGUCGAACAGCAUUCACAAACCUCAAUAUUACUGUACAGGAUGUUAACGAUGUUAAACCAACUUUCCUGAGAGAGGAAUAUUACGUCACUGUGCGUGAGGAUAGUCUCACUUUUCUGAGAGGAAACCUCGUGGUUAAGGCAGUUGAUGAUGAUGCACCUAAUACCCCGAACAGCCAAGUGAAAUACCAGAUCAUACAUGCCUCUGCGGGUCUCCAAAAUAAGUUCUCCGUCAAUGAAACAUCAGGGGAAGUAACCCUGGUGGCCAAGAUAGAUUAUGAAGCCUUGCCGACAGAGCUUUCAGGCCGGGUACAGUUGGAGAUUGAAGCCUAUGAUAUGGGUACUCCUCGCCUUGCCUCUAGUAUAAAUGUCACAGUGGAAAUUGAGGAUGUGAAUGACAAUGCUCCAGUUUUCAACCAGUCAGUGUACACUGCAACCAUCUUGGAAACUGUCAGUGCUGGGACAUCAGUGGUUCAAGUGUUUGCAUCUGACAGCGAUGCCACGCCCCCUAGCAACCAGUUUUUGUACCGCAUCGACAGCGGAGCUAGUGAUAAGUUCAGAAUUAACUUCCAAACAGGGGAGAUUACUGUGGAAACUGGUGCUCAGCUUGAUCGGGAAACAAAAGAUCUCUAUUUGCUGAAUAUUUCUGCUACUGAUCGAGGUGCAAUAUCUCAGUUUGGUGAAUGUAUUGUUGAAAUAACUAUUAAAGAUGCAAAUGAUGAGCCUCCAAGAUUUGUGCAGGAGAACAUGCAGGCAACGAUUAUGGAGAAUGCUGCAUUAGGGGAGGAAGUUAAGUGUGUAAGUGCUGUGGACCCGGACGGUCAACACAAUCUCGAGUUCAGCCUUCUGAUUGACUCAGUAGUCGGCUUUGACGAAGAUGAGAGACCUGUUAAUGUCACCGGUGCUGGAAUACAGAAUUAUUUCAAGAUGGUUCCAAGCACAGGGUGUAUACAAGUACAAUCUACUCUGGACAGGGAGAUGGUAGAAACUGUUGUGUUGAAGGUCCUGGUCACUGACACAUUGGCUGAUACUGGCAGUCAGACAGCCACUGGCACGGUAACAGUCACUCUACUUGACUAUAAUGACAAUGGUCCGGAGUUUGUACCAGAUGACACAUACAAUGUUCGGAUAUCGGAAGGCCUGGAACUACAGUCUGUUGUGAUGAGGUUCGAGACAGAAGACAAGGAUAAACAGCAGACAGUUACAUAUCAGAUGGAGUCAGAUCCGUACAACAACUUUGAUAUCACUCAAAGUACUGGUAUUCUACAGCUGAAGAGCAAACUUGACCGGGAGACACAUGAAGUAUUCCUGGUUAAAGUACUGGCCAUUGAUAGCGGGAUCCCAGCUAUAACAUCAACAGCAACGGUCUCUGUGACAGUCCAGGACAUUAACGACAACAGCCCAUAUUUCUCUGAAUAUCUAACACAAUAUAAGGUAAAAGAGAAUGCUACUGCGGGUACAAUUGUGUGCAGAUUAUCAGCCACGGAUGCUGACCUUGGGGAGUUUGGCCGCGUCGAGUACCGAUUUGAAGUCAGCAACGAUGACGACAACCUGAAGAUUAACAAAACAUCCGGUGAGAUAUAUGUCGCGAGGACCCUGGACAGAGAACAGAGAAGUUCCUACACUCUGUACGUGCGAGCCAAUGACAACCCGAGGGAUCCGGACAACCAGCGUACCAAUCAGACUGUUCCCAUUGUGAUCUUAGUUGAUGAUAUAAAUGACAACAAGCCAGUUUUCACAAAUGUCGAAAAGACAGCUACUGUACUAGAGAACGAGUCCCCCGGGCGAUUAGUUUUCACAUCUUCUGCAGAAGAUCCAGACGACGGCGUUAAUUCUGAACUGAAAUAUACCUUAGCUGGACCACAAGAAAUACUGAACAUAUUAACCAUGACUACAAUUAGAAGGAAUAUAAGCUCAAUUCCAAAGUAUUUUGGUGAAAUCCGGGUAGCUAAGAGCUUGAUUGGGUUAUCGGGCAAGCAUGCAAUGACUGUGACUGUAACUGAUAAUGGAAUCAUGCCGCUCAGUACACAGACUGACCUGGAGAUAACUAUCGAGGAUGUCAACAUUCACCCCCCUGUGUUUGUGAAGCCAAGCGGAACCAACGCUACCAUCACAGCUGACGAGAGUCAAAAUGAUGAGACGGAACCCCGUUCAAUAUUCAACUUCACAGCUAGUGAUGCUGACUCUGGACGUAAUAAGGAGAUCUACUUUGAAAUCCUGCGUGAAAAUGACUGGCAGUUUUUCAAGCUCGAGUCAUGCAACUUUACGGGAUGUGAGCUGAAAAAUAGAAGGCCUCUGGACAGGGAGACACACCCAACAUACCUGAUCAAGAUAAAAGCAGAGGACAAUGGUGUACCAAAGAAUUACUCCACAAUUCUCACUCUCACCAUAGUCACCCUCGACAUUAACGAUGAACUACCAGAAUUCCUGGAUGACCGUUCUGCACCAUACCGCAUCCAACCACAUCGCAUACAGAUAGAGGAGGAACGCGUUCAUGAUCAGACAUCCACCGAUUUAAAUAUCGCAGUCGAUAAAGAUGCUGGAAAUAACUCAAUAAUAUGCUAUUACAUUAUCGGUGGAGACCCUAUAGUGAAAGAGAAAUUCAACCUACAUACGUCUGGCAACCUGACACUAACAGCCCCGAUAGAUCGGGAGACGCUGAAUGUCCCAUACAUCAACUUCGUCAUUUUUGCUACUCCGAGGUGCUUUGAGAAAUUUGAUGGUUAUUCUCGACCAGAGGUGUAUCCCCCACAGAACUACGCCAUCAAUAGGACAACACUCUGGGUUCAGGUUGAGAUAUUGGACAUCAACGACAACCCUCCGGUGUUCAAGCGGUCCGUGUUGACCAUUGGUGUAUCCAGGGAUACUGGAUAUAGAACCUCCAUAACUAACCUACAGGAUCUGGUGACAGAUGCAGAUGCUACAAUGAGUGUAGAAUUUCAUGCUUUACGCACAGAACAGUACCUUCAAAACAGCAAACUCACAACAACCAAACCCUUUGAGGUGUUCAAGAAUGGCACGGUGGCAACUAAUGUGUUUUUCCAGGCGAACAUGUAUGGAUAUUUCCUCAUCUUUGUGCAAGCGAAGGAAAAUGUUACAGGUGGAUCUCCUUUCUACGCAAAUGCCACUCUCAGGAUCUCACUGAUUAACGAUGAUCAGAGACUGAAAGUUAUUAUACGUCAAAGUCCAGAGGCGGUUCGAGCUUUUCAAGUGGAGUUUAUACAAAAGCUGACAACUGCUACUGGAUACAGAAUUGUUGUGGACAAGAUUCAGGUUCAUGAUACAGGCAACACAGAGGGCAACGUCAACCAAAACAUGACAGACAUGUUCAUACAUGGUGAAGAUAUGAAGACGAAUGAAACUAUCUCUGCUGUGGAACUUCGCAGAACGAUAGAUUCAUUAGCAGAUGAAUUAUACCAAUUUAAGUAUUUCUACAAAGUUGCAGAAAUUGUGUUAACGACGAGCGAGGUGGAGGAAAAAUCUUUGGAGAACACAUUCAAGAUGGCGCUGAUACUCGUCACUGUUAUCCUUGCAUUAUUAUGUGUCGCCAUAUGUAUCAUCUUCUACAUUUCUCGCAGACAAUAUAAGAGGAAGUUAAAAGCUGCAACAGCCCUGGCAUAUGCGGCUAACAAUGGCUCCGGCACUAUUUUAACUCAGUGUUCAAACUCUGACCUACACAAGUUGGAACUUCCUGGAACGAAUGUCCAUGCUUAUGAGAAUGCCAACCCAAUCUACAUAGAGAAGGUCCUUCUUGAGGAAGCAGGAGAGCACAAUGAUGAUGAUGACUCCCUGGACAACAACGCUAUUGAAUCUACCUCUCCUUCUGCUACAAGUGAACAGCACAUGUCCAUGAAUUUUUACACAGAAGAUAAUGAUCUUAACAAAGUACCACAAUCAAAACUUGGUAACGGCGACGCCAUAUUAAACGCUGCUCUACUACAGCACCAGAAAGCCAAGUUGAAAAACGGCACUGCUGGAAACGAAAAUGGCACAGCAGUGUAUGCAAAUGGCAGGCUUGAAUCAAAGGCAGACAACUUUGAAGGACUCCCUACUACAGAGAUCUAGAUGGGGAGUCUUGAAGAGUGUGUCAGUCUAUUGAACACAUUGUGAUACUUUGUAUAUACUUGCCUAAGUUAUGAACUUUGACUUAAUUGUACAUAUCAGGUAGAUUUUUUAGCUGUCUUCAAAGAUUUUAACAGUUGGUAAAGAAGUGGUGCUACUGUUAUAACAAAUAGAUGUUCACAUAUCAAACAGUGCUAGAUAAAAAAAUCAAAAUAAAGUGUUAUUGUUAAAGGUGAAGAUGGAAGUUUAAAUAGACGUUCAGUUUUAUAGUUUUAACAAGUUUUUUAUAAUGUUGACAUUUCCUUGAAACAGUUCACUUCUGUGUUCCUUUUAUCAUGGCAAGUUUUGUUGUUGUUUUUGCUAGUGAACAAAUGGAACAAAAUUCCGCUUAAAUGAACUGGUUGAGGUUGCAAUAUACCUAGAUUUCUAUUCUUACUGUUUUAGUGCUACAAUAUUUCCAAUGAAACAAGAGAAAGAACUAACAAUUUUUUUUAAAGUUUAAGCGUAUUAGCAUGGUAUAUCAUCUAUUUGAGUGUAUUGGACAGGGAUAUCAGCUAUUUUGAGUGUAUUAGCCAGGGAUAACAGCUGUUGGAUAGGGACAUUAGCUGUUUGAGUGAAUUUGACAGAGAUAUCAGCUGUUCAGGAGGUUGCCUUAUGUCAUUCCUAUUGCUCAUACAUGUUUCUUGUUAAUUAUCUAUGUGUUUAUCUAUUCCUUACCAACAAAAAUGUACUUCCUGUUUCAAACAUUUUUAAAAGUUAUGUACUUGAGAAUUUGUAUGAGGGAUGUUCUAAAAGUGAAAUUCAUGUACCUGGGUGAACCGUUCUUGAGGUUAUAACUGAAGAACAAAUUUUCUUUAGAGAUACAACUGCAUUUGUUAACCUUUGAAACUGGAAGUAUAUUUUUCCUUGAGGGAAAACAUAUUAUGUAUCCUUGAUCAUUCCAUGUUAGACUGUGUUCAGAGAAUUCCAUUCAUGACUUGUGUAGUUAAAUAAUUUAUCUUUCAGAAUCACCACUUUUUGCCAUGUUCAUUUCUUCAUCUAACUUUGUCUUCUGCCUCAGAAAAAGUUCCAAUGAUGUAUUUAUUAUUGGUUGCUUUUGUGUGUUAAAUGGGCCCAGAAAUUAUUUAACAUACAGUUUUUUAGAAGGUUAAAAAGCAAACGUUUAAAAUUAUCUAACUUGUUAUUCAUACAGUGACUGGCUAACAGUUAUGGCUUCUUGACAUUUCACUCUAAAAAUGUAUUUUAUUUAUUGUCUUUUAUACACAUGUAAAUAAUGAAAAAUGUUUUUAAUAAAAGCUGUAAUGCAAAAGUGUCAAUGCAGACUUAAAACAGAACAAAUUUAAAUAUUACUGGUAAAAUAAAACUUAUAAUAUUCCCUGACAGAUUGUGACAGUGAUAGCACAAUUCUUUCAAACUAAAAAGGCAUAGACUGUUUUUAUACCAAAUGUACAAAAAUGUAUUCAGGUUGACUGAGAGGGAAUGCUUCUUUAAACUUGCCAGUGCUAUGCUGUUACAUAACGAUUACCAAAGUCAUGACAUUGUAAUUAUAUGUGCUUGCCUGUAUUUACUGGUGUACAAAGUCUUUCAAAAUAUGUGUAACUGAUAAUGCUUUUGUAACACUGAGUUCAUACUUUUGUUAAUUGUUUACUUUAUUUUGAUGUCAAUUUUGACAUUCUGUAUGGCAUAUCAUAAUGGUGUAUAAAUACACCACACCUGUUAACACUAAAAGGUUUGCAAUCAUCCAAUUCAUAUAUUGAAUGAUUGUAUCUUGGAUAUUGAAGUAAAGCUUACAACUAAUUGAGGGAUGAAUAACACAAUUUUUUUACUUUACUUCUAUAAUGCUAGCAGGUGAAUGACAAGGGUGAAAGCAACUGUGAUAUUUGGUUGAUAUUGAUGACAGGAUGAUUAUUUGCUGUAUAUACAUGUAUACAAUUGUUUAUGGGUAAAAAAAAUACACAUUCCUUUUUAGCUUUUUUAUUAAUUAAAACUCUAAAAUAGUUGCCUCGUUUUCCCCCAAAGAUUUUUUUCACAUUGAUUUUCUUACAUUUACAGUUGUUCUUCAUAAACAUUUUAGCUCAUUAUUCACAUUCUGUUCACAGUAGGUUCUAGUCAGCUCAUUUUCAUUUUUGUAUAUGCUAGUAAAGUUUAAAGAUUACAGUUGCAAGUUUUUGCCAUUCCAAUUUCUUGCCAUGUAAGAUAGCUUGCACAUAUUCCUUACAGUUCUAAGUUUUGCUAUGCUAGUAGUUGUUGGAUUGAUUCAUGCCCUUGUAUAUUUUCUUGAUUUUGUAGAAAUGUCUUCUACAUCCCUUUAAUUGCGAAAUGUUAUCAUUCAAGUCCUUGUUCGAGUUUUUUUUUUAUUUAUUCUACAAGCAUUUUGUAUUGUUAUUUGAUCCUUAAUUCAGUUUAGUUUUUGAAAUGAAAAGA